AUGACAUCACCCCAUCAUGCCUGCGCCGGCCAGUCAGCCGAGCACACCUCGGUCAACGUGUUCCCACCCCAAAAGGCGAGCCGCAAGUCUGGCCGCUCGUCAGGUUCGGACAAAUACCAUGGCCAGAGAGAGAUGGCCGAGCUAUGCGAGCGAGUGAUCACCACUCUCUUUGCUCCUGCAGCACCCGCGCCCGCACCUGAGCCAAACUACCUGCGCGAGAAUAUAGACACUCCACCGGCCUCGCCAAAAUGUGAGGACGAGGUGACGAAAGAGCCACCUCCGCUCGUCCUCUUUAUCGCCUAUGCGCUCUACCGCACAAGACUACCCGACUGCAUCAUCUUGCAGUCUCUGCUCCUGCUCGACAGACUCAAAGCGCGAUACCCCUCCGCUCGAGGCACUUCUUCAUCACCUCACCGACUGUUCCUCUCGUCGCUCAUGCUAUCGAGCAAGAUCACCAUGGACGACACUUACUCGAACAAGUCGUGGGCCAUCGUCGGUGGCGACUUCUUCGCCCUGCGCGAGGUCAAUCAGAUGGAACGCGAGCUGUUCGCUUUCCUGGGCUGGAACGUCGUCGUCACGCGAGAGGAGCUAGAAGCCUUCGUCCAACGUCUGCCAUCCUUCAUCGCUUCCACUGCACCCGUUCAGCCUUUCUCGUCGAGCGAGGCAGUCCUAUCGGGCGCCUACACGAUCCGAGCAUCCAACAAGCGAGCGAGGUCAGAUACCCGAAGCAGUCUUGACGAUUUCAAUGCAGCCGAUGCGCAAAGGCACAAGCGUGCUGCUGAUGCUGCACACGCUCUCCUGCAACCCCGUCCUGCGACUGCACCUGCUAUCAUUCCCGCGCCGCAUGCGCCGAGGCGGACGCAAGAGGCUCGCCAUGUCGAAGAGGCCAUGCGAUCGCCAGAGCUAUCAGAUUGCUCUGCUGUAUCCAGCACUGGCUCAUACGAUUCACCGGACUCGUAUCGAUCCGGUUCAUCUCAUCACAGGCGGCACUCGAGCGCAUCCUCUUGCAUGUCUGCUACCUCGAGCUCGAGCCACCUGGCCAUGUUACGCAAGGCGCACUAUGCCGCAGCGAGCACGGCAGAUUCCUCUGCUAUGCCUUCAGCUACUCACUCGCCCAUGUCGAGCCCGGCCUACGAAUCUACCGGUCCCAUGACGCCGAGCGAAACUUCACCGUAUCACGUGUACGCGAAGAACUGGGCAGCAUUCAGAUCGGCUUCGAGCGCUACGUUCGCUCACUAUCCUCAUCUCGAAGCGUCAGACUACGCUCAACAGGCCUCUGCCAAGUCGAGCUGGUGA